GCUUACCUUCCCAUACUGCUUAUAAUCAAGCAAACCGAAAGUAAACAAGACCAUAUUAAAAGCCUAGGGAAAGAUUGAAGAGGAUCUUUUCAAUUGAACAUCAAUUAGAUAUAAGCGUGAAAAAUGUCAGCGAAUUGCGCCAUGUUUUGCGCCAUAGACAUUGGCUCAUCUUAUUCCGGAUAUGCCUUCGCUCCCCGGAAAACCUUGGCGAACGGCAGCAACGAGAUUUCUGCCAGUCAUUGGGAAAGUGACUUACUAUCGCACAAGACACCAACAACCGUUCUGUUGGAUUCCACAAUGAAUUUUCAUGCCUUUGGACAUACAGCGAACAAGAAAUUUACAAAAUUGACCGAAAACAAAGAGAAUACUGACUGGUUUUAUUUCCAGGACUUCAAAAUGGAACUGUAUGAUAAGAAUCUGACAAGAGAGUCUAUGAUUGCGGACAUUCACGGGAAAUACGCAUCAGCUCAAGGAAUAUUUGCAGAAUCUAUCAAAUUUCUCCGAGGGCAUUUCCUUGACAAGCUUAAAUCAUGUAAUCUGGGCGUGUUGGAGGAUACGAUUUACUACGUAGUCACGGUGCCGGCCAUCUGGAGCGACGCUGCGAAACAGUUUACGUUAGAAGCCGCUGUCAUGGCCGGUAUAUGUCCAGGUCGUCUUCAGCUUGCCUACGAACCGGAAGUGGCAGCGUUAUACUGCAAGCAGCUCACAGCCGGUCGAACUGUAGAGCAUGGACAACUUUCACAAAUGUUUGUAAUUGAGCGGCCGUAUGUUGUCGUCGAUCUAGGCGGUGGAACGUCUGACAUCACAGUGCAAAAAAUAUCGUCCGCGGGGAAAAUACAGAAUCUGCACAAAGCUUCCGGGGGACCAUGGGGAGGGAAUAAAAUCAACAAAUACUUUGUAGAGCUUUUCGUCAAGCUGUUUGGGGAUUCUUUAUUUCACCAAUUCUGCGUGGAAAAUAUGGAUGAUUUCUUUGAACUGUUACAGAGAAUUGAAAUUAAAAAGAGAAUAAUAACCGAAGAUGAAAACGACAACUUUAUACUAGAAUUUCCAUCUACGCUUGUAGAUAUGUAUGGGAAGAAAUUUAAACUCCAUGAAUCCAUAUUACAACAUGCAAUAGAGAAGGCAGAUUUGCAGGAAACUGUUACAGUAAAGAAAGGAAAUAAAAUCUGUGUUAAGCAUGCUUUUUUCCAACCGCAGUUUAAAGAAAUAUGUACCAAGACAAUAGAUUUAGUUAAGGAUAUUAUACAAAAAGAAAUGCAGUGUCAUAACCUGAGGUCUUUGAUAAUGGUUGGCGGUUUCUCAGAAUCAAAAUUGGUGCAAAGUAUGUUCAAAAAAAGUUUUCCAGAAUAUGAUAUCAAAAUACCGUUAGACGCGGGUUUGGCUGUUCUGAAGGGAGCAGUGAUUUAUGGGUUCGACAGUAGUAUCAUCCAAACUCGAGUAUGCCCAUACACAUACGGAAUAGCUGUCCUGAAGAAGUUCAAUCCCAAUAUUCACGAACCAUCCAAAAGUUUCGUAGAAGAUGGACAACUAAGAGCAGACGACUGCUUUGAAAAGUUCUUCGAAGUAGAUGAACCGUUGGCCAUUGGGGUAAAGCGUUCCAUCAGUGUUAAUAUCAGUCACGUAGAAGAGAGUCGUCAGAAAGAUCGAACAGAGCCAAAAGAAAUAGAGGUGUUUUCAUCAACCAUGAAAUCGCCAAUGUAUACCACGGACGCCACCUGCCGUCCCCAUGGAAUGAUUAGUGUGUAUCCUCCGAAUGGAAAAUGGCCAGUUCAUGUGAGAGGACGAGUAGAGAUUGAAGUAACAGGGACUGAUAACUUCAGCAUCACUUACAUUGACGACAUAACGGGCCACACAGCUUCCGGUACUAUUGACUUCUUAAAGUGACCAAAUCUCUCGCACAUUGAUUCAUGUGUAUUCCGUAUAUGAUUAAAUGGUCCAUUCCUUGAUAUUAAUAAACGCCCUUGGAAUUUUUUGUGCAGUUUCAAUUAUCAUACAUUUUAUCUCAUAACCAUUUAUUUUGAAGUAAUUGGUAACAUAUGCAGAAAUCAUAAGUACAAAUCUAGUAUACAUUGGAGGGUGUACACAUUGAAACUAUUCAAAAACCACGGUGUGUAGGCAUAACAGACACUUUCUGUUGAAACGGACACUUUCAGAGAAAACCGACGGAUACUUUCAGAUGAAACUUCUGUUUCUGUAUAACACGCUCUGUAAGUUAUCCUUGUUUAUACUUAAAUCUUUAACAAACCAGUGAAUAGGACCUUCCAUGGAAUGUAGCUUACAUCAAUCUCAAUGUGGAAACUCUGAUGUGUUUUCAUUUUAUAACGAUAUCCUUAUAAUAAAUAUAAUUUCGAUCUCG